CCAUAUCAAAAUGAACACUGCAGCUCAGCAACUAGCCAAAGAACCGCGUUGCCCUAGUGGUUACAAGGCAGCCAAGAUUGCUUUGGCUAGAAAGGCUACGCAUUAUCUCAGUGGUACCCACGUUCAGGUCACAGCAGCAGCUGACCUCAGGGCCGAUUUCAUUCUGAGACGUCCUGAAGGACAAACAAUGGAGUGGCAUGAAGCGGUGAGGUUAUUUACGGAGAGAUUAUCCAAAAGAUUGAAUGAAGGCAGUAGUUAGACGGUGUUACGUGUUUCUGGUCUUAAAUAUCUAGAUGUAUAAACCA